AUGUGUUUUAGCAGCAAAGAUAGAUUGAUACGGGCUGUGACAAUUUGGAGUUUGCGCAAAAAUAAAAAAUUCAUAGUUGUAACAUCAAGCAAGAAACUAUGGAUUGUCAGAUGCAGGUUUCACGAAUCAUUAGGUUGUCGAUGGUUUCUUCGCGGCCGAAAGGUUGGUAACCUUUGGAAGAUAGGAAAGUAUUUUGAUAAUCAUAGAUGUGAGACUGAGGGGCUUACUACAGGUCACGCUAACCUAGAUACCAAUUUAAUUGCAUCUUUAUUUCUAAAUCAAAUACGUAAAAACCCCAAAUUGUUGGUAGUAGAUGUCAUUUCUAAGGUUCAUGAGAUAUUUGGUCAUCAAGUAACAUAUAGGAAAGCGUGGCUUGGACGUCAACGAGCAUUUAAAUUGGUGUAUGGUGAUUUUCAGAAAUCAAUUAGUGAGCUUCCUAAGUUUUUUGCAGCUUUUCAACACUUUAACCAUGGAACAAUUGUAGAAUGGAAACACGAAGAGUCAAUGAUUAUUUCAGUAGAUGGAACUCAUUUGUAUGGUAAAUAUGAGAUAAAAUUAUUAAUUGCUGUUGGAAUUGAUGGAAAUGAUAACAUUCUUCCUCUAGCAUUUGUUAUUGUUGACAGGGAAUCGAAAGAGGCAUGGAAAUGGUUUUUUAGAAAACUAAGCGCACAUGUAAUAAAGGAUAGAGAAGAUGUAUGUAUUAUCUCUGAUAGGGCAAAAGGAAUCUUAGCUAGUUUAUCGGAGUUAUGGCAAUUCCAGAAGCCUCGGGCCUUUCAUCAAUUUUGCGUAAGACAUCUUAAGAGUAACUUUCAAUCUUAUUUUCUAAACAGGAAUCUCAGUGAUCUGAUGUGGAAUGUUGCAUCGGCUCAUCAAGUAAGGAAGUUCGAACCUUUAAUGUGGGAAAUCAGGAAAGAAAAUAAAGAAGCAUAUAAAUAUCUCAUGCAAUUUCCAUUGGACAAAUGGACGAUUAGCCAUGAUGAUGGAAAAAGAUGGGGAGUGUUGACAACAAAUCUUUCAGAGUCUUUCAACGGUCUUCUAAAGAAAGCUCGAGGAUUGCCUGUCACUGCCACGGUGAGACUUUCAUUGGAGCAAAUAGUUGAAUGGUAUACCCGUAGAUCUCAAACAGUGCACCAACUUGUAGAGCAAAAGGAAUUAUGGACAAGCAGGUUCAAAGUAAAGUGGGAGAAGAACUACGAAAGUUCAAAAAGACAUUUUGUUUUUUAUUGGAAUAUAUCCACUGGGACAUAUGAGGUUAGAUCUAUUCAAGUUGAUGGUACUGGUGGUAAUCCUCAUCGUGUUUCACUAAAUGAUAAAAAAUGUGAUUGUGGAAAAUGGGCUAAUUUGCACUUUCCGUGUUCACAUGUCAUGAAGGUUAUUGAAAGAAUGGAAGGGCUAGCUAGAAAUUUUGUUAGCGAGCAUUUCACAACAGAGAAUUAUGUUGCUACAUAUUCCAGGUCAUUCUCACCGGUUAGGCACGAGGCAUAUUGGCCAUCUCCAAGUUUUAUAAUGAGAAGUAAUAAAUUCUAUCGUCGUCCUAAUCGACAAAGGACAACUAGAGUACCUAAUGAGAUGGAUCGUGGUCCUGCAGUAUAUGGGCGAGCUUGCGGGUUGUGUAGACAGACUGGACAUGAUAGGCGACGAUGUCCAACUCGUAAUCAAAAUUAA